AUGGAUCACAUUAUUCAGAAAUGUGGACGAGGACAUAAACCCCCACCCCAAGUUGCUUUUUGUCACAUCGAUGUGACUCUGGACCCAAGCACAGCCCAUCCUGACCUAGCUCUGUCUAAAGAUCGAAGACAAGUGACUUACAAACAAUGCCACAAGGAUCUUGAGGCUUCUACCGAGAGAUCUUAUGUUUUCCCCUGUGUCCUGGGCUGUGAGGACUUUACUUCAGGAAGAUACUACUUCGAAGUGUCUGUUGAGAAUGCAACCACUUGGGAUGUGGGAGUCUGUUUAAAGGAUGUACCAGGGGGCUUUGACAUGAAGAAGGAGCCUGAGUUUGGAUUCUGGACCAUCAAGAUGUGUAAAAAGGAUGGUCUUGUAGCUCUCACCUCCACCCCUACUUCCCUUCAUCUGAGUGAGAAGCCCCAGCUUGUGGGAGUUUUUCUAGACAUUGAGGCUGGGGUUGUAUCCUUCUACAAUAUGACCUCUGACUCCCACAUCUUCACCUUCCCCAAGGCUUCCUUUCCGGGAUACUCUGAGGCUGUGGAAUAUUUGUACACUGUGUGA